AUGAGAAAUGUGACUGGGAAUCGUGUGGAUGAGUUCAUCUUGGUGGGCUUCGCUACCUCAGCAUCCCUCCAGCUGCUCCUUUUUGUCUUCUUUCUUGUGAUUUAUCUGUUGACGUUGUUGGAGAAUGUGCUCAUCAUCUCCACAAUCUGCUUCACUUCAAGCCUUCAUCGCCCCAUGUAUUUCUUCCUUGGCCAUCUUUCCUUCCUGGAGCUCUGGUAUAUCAGUGUGACCAUUCCCCGGCUCUUGGGAGCCUUUCUUACCCAGGAUGGUAGAAUCUCCUUUGUAGGAUGUAUGGCCCAACUCUACUUCUUCAUUGCCUUAGCCUGCACCGAAUGCGUCCUGCUGGCAAUGAUGGCCUAUGACCGCUACCUGGCUAUCUGUGAACCCCUCCGUUACCCUACGCUCAUGCCUUCUAGCCUGGCUACCCGCCUUGCUGCCGCCUCUUGGGGCAGUGGUUUCUUCAGUUCCAUGAUGAAGCUUCUUUUUAUUUCCCGAUUGUCCUACUGUGGCCCCAACAUCAUCAACCACUUUUUUUGUGAUAUUUCCCCACUACUCAACCUCACCUGCUCUGACAAGGAGCAGGCAGAGCUAGUGGACUUCCUCCUGGCUCUGGUGAUGAUUCUACUCCCUCUAGUGGCUGUGGUUUUAUCAUACGCUGCCAUCAUUGCAGCCAUCCUGAAGAUCCCUACCGCCCAGGGACGCCAUAAAGCCUUUUCCACCUGUACUUCUCACCUAACAGUGGUUGUUAUCUAUUAUUCCUCCACUCUCUUUACCUAUGUGCGGCCCCGGGCCAUGUACACCUUCAACCACAACAAAAUAAUUUCUGUGCUCUACACGGUCAUUGUACCAUUCCUCAACCCAGCCAUAUAUUGCCUGAGAAACAAGGAGGUGAAGGAUGCUUUCAGGAAGACAUUGUUGGGAAGGUGCCACUACCCUAGAGAUGUUCCAGACUGA